AUGGCGAGUGCACACAAGCAGCAACAAGAUUCCCAAUUUCUCCAUCACCCAACAUGGCGAACACCAUACGGCCUCGGCCGUUUGCGCAACCGCUUUCAGAACCUGCCGGCGAAGGUCCUGCUCGCCAUUGUAGAGCAGGCCAUCCAGCCCGAGGCUAAACGCAGCCUUCGCCUGGAUGAUGGCGGACCGUUGCCAUCGGAGCUGCAGCGGCUGGGGCUGCCCUUGUUAUCAUCAUCAACAACACCAAACACCGCCCGGGCCCAAGAACCGGACGGGGCUUCAAAGCUCAACAUGCCCGCCCUCGCAACGCUCUUUUACCUCGGCCUCCUCAACGACAGACUUCGGGAGUUGAUCCUACCCAUCCUCGAGUCCCACGCGCGCAGAAACUCCUCCCGUAGCACAAACGCAAGCAUGAACACUACCUCACUGACAGAUCCGAGCGGGUUGUACUCCUACAUUCUCAUCCUUUCCACAAUAAGAGGUAUUCCCGAAGGUGUCAUCGCCGCUCUGGACCACGGCGCGGAUAUCAACGCCAACGACAGCAUCGACGAGUUCCUCGCAGCCAGCAGAGUGACCAACGACAAGCCCACGGGCUCGUGUCUGACUGCCCUCCAUUGGGCGGCCUUUAACCGCGACACUGCGAUACUCCGCCUCUUACUCGACCGCGGCGCAGACGUCCGGCGCACGGCGGAUCGCACGGCGGACCGCACGGCGUACAGCUCCACCGGCGCCCGCAGCCCGAUUCGGGCCCCGGGGUUUCGCCCGCAUUUGCUCUUGGGCCCAGGCGAUCGCCUAGAGCACAACGUGAAGACGCUGGUGAAUGCUCUGGGUUUCGCGCUUCAAGCGAAUUACGGCCUCUUGCCUAAGGGCAUGACGGAGCAGCAGCGGCAGGCGUUCAUCGUUGACCGUGAUACGCGAGAUGAGGAGGCUGUAAGGAUACUCGUCGAGGCCGGGUGUCCUGCUUUCGUUGAGGAGCAUUGGCAGCGGGAGUUCAAUGACGCCUGUGAGCUGGAGCGGUGGGGUGUUGCGCGGGAUAUGUUGGCGGAUGCGGAGUGGAGGAGGAGGUGCGCUGAGAGGGACGAUUAUAGGCCGCUGCUGUCUCUUGUGCGUGUUGUACGAGGGAGACGGCGGUUGAUAGGUGAUGAUGAGCAUGAGUGA